UGCUGUAAACUCGACUCACUGCAAAUGGGUGUGGUGGUGCGGACGGCGCUACUGCUGCUGGUGGUGGCGGCCGCAGCAGAUGACGCCCCCAGCUCUAUUAUCAAUGAGAUCAGCAAGCAGUUCGGCAGCAUGAUGCUCUACUGCGUGCAGUUGCUAUACCCGCAGACGGGCUACUUUCGCGACGUGCUGGACUUCUGGAACCGUGACUUGAACAUCACGGGGCACACAUACCUGGGCUGCCUGGCUGCCUGCAGCUUGUUCAAGCUGCAGCUGCGAAACCGCGACGGCUCCCUCAAUGAAACUAACAUUAUGAACUUCCUCCGCCAGAACGGCGCCGUCGAGAAUGACGCGGCGGUGCUGCUGGAGGUGUUCAAGACGUGCCAGAACGUCUCCAGCUCCGAGCGCAAGGCGUGCGCCGCGGGUCUUAAGACUAUGAUUUGCUUCCGAUCACAAAUAUACCGCCUCAACUGGACGCCGCAGUUCUACAGGGGCCCCUUUGAAAAUGUAUUGAAUGGAAAAUAAU